UCCUCUCUCUCUCUCUCUCUCUCUCCCUCUCCCCUCCAUUCGGCCAACACGUCAUCGCCGCCCCUAAAAAUCAAAAUCCCAUUCCCCUCCCCGUCUAACUUCCACUUGAAGAAACCAAAGAAAAACAUUUCCCCUUUCUCUCUCCUCCCACCUCCGCCACUUCGCGAUAUCUCUCUCCUUCCCGUCUCCGACUCUUUCUGCCAGCGAAUCGAUCGGCCUGGAAAGGAAGGGAAGGAGAAAAAGCGCGGACCAUGUCGUUCUCUGACACCGACUCCUCGUCGUCCUACGGCGGCGACUACAAGAAUUUCAAGCAAAUCACCCGCGACCGAUUGUUAAUUGAAAUGCUUCGGUCUUGCAAAACGGGGGACUCAACAGCAACCUGGAAGGUACUUAUCGUGGACAAACUUACUCUUAAAAUAAUAUCUCACGUGUGCAAAACGUCUGACACGACAGAUGAAGGUGUUUCAGUGGUUGAAGACAUAGUUAAGCGAAGGCAGCCAAUGCCCUCCAGGGAUGCUAUAUACUUCAUGCAGCCUACCAAAGAGAAUGUUAUCAUGUUCUUGUCAGACAUGUCGGGAAGGUCACCAUUGUACAGGAAGGCAUUUGUUUUCUUCAGUUCACCUAUUUCAAGAGAAUUAGUUAGUCAAAUCAAGAAGGAUGGAACUGUGUUAACUCGGAUAGCUAAAUUGAUUGAGAUGAAUUUGGAAUAUUGUGCAAUAGACAGUCAGGCUUUUGUUACCAACAACGAGAGGGCUUUAGAAGAACUUUAUGGGGAUGAUGAGGAUUCACGCAAAGGUGUUGCAUGUUUGAAUGUGAUGGCUGCUCGUGUUGCCACAGUUUUUGCUUCGUUAAGGGAAUUUCCUUUUGUGCGUUAUCGAGCUGCAAAGUCACUUGAUGCCACCACAAUGACCACUUUUCGUGAUUUAAUUCCUACAAAGCUUGCGGCUGGGAUCUGGGAUUGUCUCAUGAAAUAUAAAACUACAAUUAAGAACUUCCCUGAGACAGAAACAUGCGAGUUGCUUAUCCUUGACAGAUCUGUAGAUCAGAUUGCACCUAUCAUACAUGAAUGGACAUAUGACGCCAUGUGUCAUGACUUGCUAAAUAUGGAUGGAAAUAAGUAUGUGCACGAGGUUCCAAGCAAAACUGGUGGUCCACCUGAGGAAAAAGUGGUUCUUUUAGAAGAUCAUGAUCCAAUCUGGCUUGAGCUUCGCCACACACAUAUAGCAGAUGCUAGCGAACGACUGCAUGAUAAAAUGACCAACUUCGUGUCAAGGAAUAAGGCUGCACAGAUCCAUGGUUCAAGAGAUGCUCGUGAACUAUCUACGAGGGAUUUACAAAAGAUGGUUCAAGCAUUGCCACAAUAUAGUGAACAAAUCGACAAGCUCUCCCUUCACGUAGAGAUUGCAGGAAAAGUUAACAGAAUUAUCCGGGAGCUUGGGCUUCGAGAAGUUGGGCAGCUGGAGCAGGAUCUUGUUUUUGGAGAUGCGGGCAUGAAAGAUGUGAUCAAUUUUUUGACGACAAAAGAGGAUACAACUGGUGAAAAUAAGUUGCGAUUGUUGAUGAUUCUUGCAGCCAUUUAUCCUGAGAAAUUUGAAGGCGAGAAGGGUCUCAAUUUGAUGAAGUUAGCAAAAUUAUCACCCAAUGAUAUGAAUGCUGUGAAUAAUAUGAGACUGCUUGGGGGAGCACCAGAUAACCAAAAAAGCACUGGGGCUUUUUCUCUGAAGUUUGACAUUCAUAAGAAGAAACAUGGAGCUAGGAAAGAACGUCCAAGUGAAGGAGAAACAUGGCAGCUUGCACGCUUUUACCCAAUCAUAGAGGAACUUGUAGAAAACCUUAGUAAAGGUGAACUGUCAAAGGAAGAUUAUCCAUGUUUGAAUGACCCAAGUCCAACUUUUCACGGGAGGUCACAUGUCUCGGCAAUAAAUCAUCCUCCAGUUGCUCAUUCAAUGAGAUCAAGACGGACACCAACAUGGGCCCGGCCUCGAAAUUCUGAUGAUGGGUAUUCAAGUGAUCCAGUAUUACGGCAUGCAUCGAGUGAUUUCAAAAAGAUGGGCCAGCGCAUAUUUGUAGUUAUAGUAGGUGGGGCUACUAGGUCCGAGCUUAGGGUUUGCCACAAGCUCACAUCUAAACUGAAGAGGGAAGUUGUUCUAGGCUCCUCAUGUCUCGAGGAUCCUGCUUCUUUUAUUGCGAAACUAAAGAGGAUGACGGCACAUGAGCUCUCUUUGGAUGAUCUGCAGAUAUGAAAGUAGAAUCCACAGGAAAGGCUGGGAAUGACAUUCAGACCGUUACCAGUUCAAGCUGUAUUCAUAGAUGCGUGCUGGUUGUAUCCAUAUUCUUUUCAUCUGACCCUUUCUCAACAUUCAAUGUGAAAAACGCUACCAUUUGAUACCGGUAGGGGCGCUCUAGAUAUUCUUGAAGGAUCCAUUUCGGGUUUCUGCCGCCGGCUCCAUGUUGGUUUUGUGAAUGUGUAUGAUAAUUUGCAUGCUGAGUUGAAUCCAAGUUACAAGCACUACUUCUAGGACA